AUACAACGUUUUCGGGAAGUGGCUCCACUCGCAGACAAAUCCCCGUGCCUGAUUCCCUCCGAAGUAAUGUUCAGCUGAACCAAGCGCUGGUCACCUUCCAAAGAGCGGCUCUCAGUGCACGUACAAUUGGAUCAUAUUCAACAGGAGUACGCGCAUGGUUACGUUUCACAGCUUUGUCAGAAAUCCCAGGGCAGUCAACUUCGCAUCCCCGUAUCUCAGAAGACAUCCUGAUAUAUUUUGUGACGCAUUGCGCUACGAACUUGCAUCUUAAAUACACCACUAUUAAGGUAUAUCUGGCAGGCAUACGGAAUUACUACAUAUUAGGUGGCUACCCUAAUCCACUGCUUACUCUACAAGGUCAGUCACCUCUUCGCCUUAAUUAUGUACUCCGGGGAAUUCUACGUCUCCAAGGAAAUGAAACCCGACCACGUUUGCCCAUAACGGUAGAUAUACUACAACGUUUGUGCAACCUACUCCGUCAGGGGGUAUUUGGUCCCUAUUUCGAUCUCAUGCUGGAAUCAGUAUUUUUGUUAGCCUUUUAUGGUUUCCUCCGCUGCAGCGAGUUUACUUGCCCCACUUCAACUUUCAAUAUGCAGUACAAUUUAUGCUUGGCUGAUAUCAGUGUACCAGAUCAUGCAGCCCAUAUAACUAUUCAUAUCAAGGCAUCCAAAACAGAUCAAUUCCGGAAAGGUUUCGACUUGCGGCUUUUCCCAACAGGCACGCCUUUUUGUCCAGUUACAAUGCUGCAGCAAUUUUUAUCCGUGCGGCAUAAGAUGUUUCCCCUUGCAACCGAACCACUGUUUCUGCUUCCCGAACGAACACCCCUUAAUCGUCGUAUCUUCACAGAGUCUCUUCGUAUAUUGCUCGCAAGGAUUGGACUACAACCGCAUUUGUUUGCAGGACACUCCUUCCGCAUCGGAGCAGCUACCACCGCAGCAAGUGCUCACGUUCCUGAUCACCUCAUCCAAACAUUAGGCAGAUGGUCCAGCAACUGUUAUCGCACCUACAUCAGAACACCAGAGAGUCUUCUACAACAUGCCUUUCAAAAAAUGGCAACAUCGUAA